UCGUUGUUAUGUUUUUUUCUGUACCUCAAGCGGAGAGCAAGCGAAGCAGAAUCACUAAUUUCAUUUCCCGCCUGUUCUUCGUUCCCUGAUAUUUUGUGGACCCUCUGUGACUUUCUCUCUUCCAUGGCCGACAAGAAGAAACGCCGUCGACCCGAGCCGAACUCCGACGACGAAACCCAGCUUCCCUUCAAGAAGAGCCUCAAACCCGACUCGCUCAUCCUCAAAUCCCUCGAGGACUUGACAAAUUCUCUCCGCUCCACAACCUCUUCUUCUUCUUCUUCCAAAACCCUAACCCUAGCCGACCUUUCUCUCUCCUCCUCCUGCCGCGAGGUUACCGACCUCACACUCUCCUCCGUCCAGUCUUCCAUCGAAUCCCUCAUCCUCAGGCUCGCCCACUCCAUACUCUCUGGCAAUGGCUUCUCCUUCGACGUCCCUUCCCGUUCCGCCGUCAACCAGCUCUACGUCCCGGAGCUCGAUAGAAUCGUCCUCAAGGACAAGACCUCUCUCCGUCCCUACGCCAACAUCUCCACCGUCCGUAAAUCCACCGUCACCACCCGAAUCCUCCAGCUCAUCCACCAGCUCUGCAUCAAGAACAUCCAUGUCACCAAGCGAGACCUCUUCUACACCGACGUCAAGCUCUUCCAGGAUCAGACACAGUCCGAUUCGGUCCUCGACGACGUUUCUUGUAUGCUCGGCUGCACCCGUUCAAGUCUCAAUGUCGUCGCCGCCGAGAAGGGAGUGGUUGUGGGUCGCCUUAUUUUCAGUGAUAAUGGGGAUAUGAUCGAUUGCACUAAAAUGGGUAUGGGUGGAAAAGCCAUCCCGCCGAAUAUUGAUAGAGUGGGGGAUAUGCAGAGUGAUGCAUUGUUUAUACUCUUGGUUGAGAAAGAUGCUGCUUAUAUGAGAUUGGCUGAGGAUAGGUUCUACAAUCGGUUUCCGUGUAUAAUCGUGACGGCGAAAGGUCAGCCUGAUGUGGCAACUAGGUUGUUCUUGAGGAAGAUGAAGAUGGAGUUGAAGCUUCCUGUGCUUGCCCUUGUGGAUAGUGAUCCAUAUGGUUUGAAGAUUUUGUCUGUUUAUGGUUGUGGGUCGAAGAACAUGUCCUAUGAUAGUGCAAAUUUGACUACUCCUGAUAUCAAAUGGUUGGGGAUUAGACCGAGUGAUUUGGACAAGUAUAAGAUUCCGGAGCAAUGUAGGUUGCCGAUGACCGAGCAGGAUAUCAAGACAGGGAAGGAUUUGUUGGAGGAAGAUUUUGUGAAGAAGAAUCCGGGGUGGGUCGAAGAGCUGACUUUGAUGGUGAAGACCAAGCAGAAGGCUGAAAUUCAGGCUUUAAGCUCUUUUGGGUUUCAGUAUUUGUCUGAGGUUUAUUUGCCAUUGAAGCUCCAACAGAAAGAUUGGUUGUGAAAGCUGUUGCUGAAGUUACAGACAUUUCCUUAGCGUUAAGACUGGGGCAAUGGCGGUAUAAUACUACAAUGACUUGUUGCUUGCUAGAGUCGAGGAUUAAAAGAUAUACCAGAUUCAUCAUAUACAAUAUGGUAAUGAUAUAUAAUGUACAUCACUGUCUAAUAGCACUUCUUCUCUGCAGCCAAUGGUUCAAUGAUUCACCUGUGACCCUUAACCUCUGUAUAACCACAGGUCUUCUGGUUGAAUGUUUAUACUCAUUUGCUAA